AUGGGUGUUUUGGGCACACAUUCACGCAUACCGUCAGACCAUAUGCUAUGCAUUGGCUGUGCAUUGAAACGACAACCACAACAGAUCGCUUGCAUCAAAGAGGACCUCAAGAUCAAUAUCACCGACCGAUUGGACCAAUUCCUCAGAGACGACGACCGCACCGAGAUUGUCUUCGAGUCGAGUCUGACAAACACUGAACGCAAAUAUAUUCACAACUAUUGCAUACAAUUCUCGCUCAAGACUCGCAGCCAUGGUUUCGGUGAUGAGAGACGGAUCACUGUCUGGAAGAAAGACAACAGAAGUAUCGACAAUAAAGAGAUCCUCAAAUUGAGUCCGCAUUCGCAGCAAUUGGUCAUCAAUUUGAGACAAUUUCUCAAAGAAAACCAUUGUUUGCCAUACAAUGCUAACGCCGGCCGUCAGACUAGUGGUCAGCAGUAUUGCCGAACGGGUCGACUAUCAAACGUGAGGCCACAUGUGCCCAGACGUGUGGCCCCGACAAGCGAUGGGUAUCGAAACUUCCGGCAACAGCUGCCGAUCUAUGAGUUCAGAUCUGAACUAUUGUCCGCCAUUGAGAAGGAGAGGGUUGUGAUCAUUAGCGGCGACACGGGUUGCGGGAAGACUACUCAAGUGCCGCAGUAUAUACUCGAAGACUGUGCGGCCAAACAACGGGAGUGUCGUAUCGUUUGCUGUGAACCGCGCCGUUUGGCCGCCAUUAGUGUCGCCGAACGUAUUUGCGUUGAACGUAAUGAACAGAUCGGUGGGACUGUUGGCUAUCAGAUCCGACUCGAGAGCAAAGUGUCAAAUGAGACGCUAUUGACGUUUUGCACGAAUGGUGUGAUAUUGAGAACAUUGAUGUCCAAUAGGGAUGACUUCUUGAGGAAUGCCACCCAUAUUAUCAUCGAUGAGGUCCACGAAAGGGACCGUUUUAGCGAUUUUUUGCUCUUAAUUCUCAAACAAACCAUUAAAUUGAAUGCGAAUAUUAAACUCAUACUAAUGUCGGCCACUUUUAACAUCAAGAAAUUUGAGGACUAUUUUGAGUGCGAGAGUCCUGUCAUUGAAAUCCCUGGCCGUCAACACCCGGUCGACGAGUAUUUCUUGGAGGACGUCCUCAAAGCGACUAAUUAUAUGACUCUUCCGAUGGCUCGCUAUAAACAAAAAUUGGAUAGAAGUAAACGUCAAAUACAGGCGUCGACCGCCAGGACUGGAACCGAUGAGGUGUCGAUUCCCGGCCGGACUCCCGAAGUUGAGUCCCAACUCAGACAAGAGUUUGAUUUAAUACUGAAGGGCGCGUGGGUUGAGGGCACUGACCAGGCCUUCGACAAACUCCUGGACUUUGUUUCGCUCAACAGUUUCCUAAUGAAUCACAAGCACAGCGAGACGGGUGUGACGGCUCUGGUGGUCGCCGCCGGACAAAACAAGUUACAGGCGGUGGAGGCUCUGGUGUGCUUCGGGGCCGACCUAACGGUCACCACU